AUGUCUGCUUGCCUCAUAGUCACUGUAGCUUCAGAGAACUGCAUCGAACCAUGUAUGACGUCCUUAAAGACCGGGAAUAAUGAUUUCACCGGUCAAACCUAUACCGUACUCACAUCAUAG